AUGGCUCGCUCUCCGGUGCUGUCCUUCCUCCUCUUUGGUGUCUUGGCGCUGCUGGGCAAGCGCAGCAUGGAGACCUUCGUGGGCGUCACGUCGCGCCCGAACCGCGCACCGCAGGUGGCGCGAAUGGCCGAGGGCGAGGAGGAGGAGGAACCCGAGUACGUGGCAGCACCUGGAGAUCGCCUGAAACUGAAGGUCCUUUCGCCCGAGGGCGAUGGCAUCAGUGUGGCCUGCUCUGAGGUGAUUUUACCCAGUGCCACGGGGCAGCUUGGCAUCUUGGCCAACCACGCGCCCAUGAUGUCCGCCCUGGACACCGGUGUUCUACGCUUCAAGGAGGACGGCAAGUGGAAACCCGUGGUGGUCAUGGGCGGUUUCGCCACGGUGGACAGCAACCAGCUGAGUGUCUUGGUGAAUGACUUUGAGAAGGCAGAUUCCAUUGACAUGAAGGAAGCCCAAAGCGACAUGGACAGCGCCACCUCAAUGCUUGAGAAAGCGGAUUCCAAGAAGGACAAACUGGAAGCCACUGCCAAGACUGCAGGCUGCCAUGUUCGUGUCGAAGAAAUGAGGAGCUUCCAGGUCAACCACGGUGGGACUGCAGCGGC